GCCACAUACCAGAAUUUACAAGCAAGGAACCGGAGCUAGCAGAUUGGGGAAGAAGGCCGGCGGCAUGGAAGAAGAAAGCUCACGGGUUCUACCCAAAAAUUGAAGGAACCAAGAGCAAUUAACAUAAACCCAAGGCAAUUAAAGUUGAAGAAGGGAGAUUCAUGGCUAUUUCUUACCAAAAAACCGAACAAAUCACACCCAAAAAGCAGGAGCAGCCGGACGGUGAGGAGCAGAGCAAGGCAGAUCCGAAAGCUUCCUGCAGGGGGGAGAAUUUCUGGGUUCCAAUCAGCUGAGAUGGAGGAGUUUACCAAUGCUGCUGGGGGGCUGCGCAUCCCAAAGAAGCCAAGGAAGAAGUCAACGACUUCAGCUGUGGCGAACAGAGGGGUGCCCGAGAGAGAGCGCCUGCCCAGCACUUCUGCCUGGGCCAUGGAGGUGCAGCCAAGGCCGGAGCCUGUGAUGGGGGGCAGCGAGGAUGUAAGCGAGGAGACAGCUCCGCUCCAGAGGAAGAAGAGGAGGGUGGCAGAGCUAGAAAGCAAGGGGGAUGAGGUGGUGGAGGAGCGCACCCCACCCCACGCGUACCAGAAAAGUUUGUUUGAGGCGACAAACAUGACUGGGGCGAAGCACUUUCUCAACGCUACGCUUCCUGAUGUGGAUAGGAUGCAAGCGAAGAACGAGGUGCUUAGCCAUGCGGGGUAUACCGUUGUGAGGCAUGCCCUAGAGAGUGCGAGUUGGACAAACGCUCUAGCUGUCUUGAGCACGAAACUCUCUCUUGAGGAACGUAAAAGGAAAAUUUGCGAAGAGAAGCUCGAGGCUCAAGACAAAUAUAUCGAGAGCCUGAAGAAAGGGGUAGUGGAGCUGAAGAAGAAUGUGGAGCUGUUGGUGCACAACGGGAUGGAGGGACAUAUUGGCAACUUCCUCAACUCUAGCACCUUCGAGGGCAUCCUCAAGCUGUACCAGCUGCCAACCGCCAUCCUGGCCUUCACCGACUGCAGAAAGAAGGUGAAGGCCCAGUACCCAGAGGUGGACGUGACAACGGUCACUUUUGGGGAACAGGAGGAAGGAGUGGAGGAAGAUGGCGAGAGUCUCUGUGCGGACUUCCGUCCUCAGAUUACUCUGAGGUGGGAGCCAAUGGCCGAAGUGCAGCCUCCCGAGGUGCAUCCAGUCUCCUCUGACGAGGUGCAGCAGCUGGCCCCUCCUGAAGUAGAAGUGCCGCCUCAGCCUGCUGAAGAUGGACCCAGAUCCCCACCUUUUCCUACUGAGGAGCAGCCUCCUCCUCCAGCACAGUAGUUUAGGAUUUUCUUUGCAUUAUUGAUGUAAAUAACAUUGUUAUAUUUAAUGUAUAAAAUUUUUGAAUUGAUUAUUGUCUGGUGUUCGAGUUUUAAUUUGUGAUUGAUGUUUUCCUUUGAGGAACUUUUUAUGGUAAACUAAGUUAACUGGAAUUUACACAAGGUUCUGACCUCGGAUAAACAGUAUAGUAAUUG